AGCUUCAUGUACAAGCACUUCUGCAACUGCCUCGUCUGGCUCUGUUGUCCCAGCCACUUCAAAAAAUCCAAGAACAAACCCAAGGUCAAGGCCAGCAAGACUGGCAGCAAGGUCAAGGCCGGCCACUCCAAGCGGUCGCGUAGCAACAAGGAAGCCGUGACCGACUACGAGGAGUCCCGGCAGGCUUUGCGCGCCAAACACUCGUCCUCUGACUGCCCGGAUGUGGAGAAGGGCGGGGUCACGGAGGUCACAGAGGUCACAGGGGUCACAGGGGUCACAGAGGUCGGCGGGUCAGACCUUGGGUCAAGCAGACCUCACAAACCUGGCCGCGCGUCAUCGCCUCAGAAGGCGGGAACACCUCCCAAAAGUUUCCCCACUCACGAGAAGCCCCGCUCACCCACCGACCAGUCACCAGACGAUGACGCCACCACCACCACGCCCCCACCGCCCACGACACAACCGAAGAAGCCGGGCCAGGAGGAGAUCCGGGUGCCCAUGUUUGUCAGUCUCCUCAUCAUCGCUCUCUACAUCUUCGGCGGUGCUGUGCUGUUCUCACAGUGGGAGAAAGACUGGGACUAUCUCAUCGGCUCCUACUUCUGCUUCAUCACGCUCAGCACCAUCGGCUUUGGGGACUACGUGUUUGGCGUUGGUGGGGACCUGGCCAACAACGAGAAGAUGAUCAUCUGUGCUCUGUACCUGGUCCUGGGUCUGUCCAUCAUCGCCAUGUGCUUCAACCUCAUGCAGGAGGAAGUCCGCGCCAAGUUCCGCUGGCUGGGUCUCAAGGUCGGCAUCAUCGAGCACAACGACAACAAAGGGCCUUGACCUACAUCUCUCACGACCAUGUGACGUUGUCUCUAGUGUUCUAUUUAUAGCCUAGAUCCACUUCCGGGAACCUCCUGGAACUUCCGGGACACUACUGGAACCUCCGGGCCGGGAAGAAGGAAGAAAUGUUCAAAGGCUGUCGCCCUCUUCUUCUUCUUCUUCUUCUUCUUCUUCCUGUGGCAUUUCAUCAACAGUAGGUUAGUGUGGCGUGAAGUCCCUUGUCGUGACAGUAAGGUUAUCUCUACAGCUGACAGUUUUGUCGUGUCUGUGAGGUUAUUUCUUCAGCAGACAGACAGUUUUGUCGUGAGUAUAAGGUUAUCUCUACAGCUGACAGUUUUGUCGUGUCUGUGAGGUUAUUUCUUCAGCAGACAGACAGUUUUGUCGUGAGUAUAAGGUUAUCUCUACAGCUGACAGUUUUGUCCGGUGUGUGGUUAUCUCUGCAGCCACAGUAGGACCAAUGUGCUGAUCGUGACUGACUGUCAGGCCCUCUGCAAGGGACUGCUAGGCAACAGCUUGGGUAUGUAUAAAUGAUUUGCGCCGCAAGUUCAGUGAAACCACAGCCACAAUAAAGAUCCAGAGGAUUCCAAGCCAUGU